AUCCAAUGUUUCCUGGGCUUCUUAUAAAGAGAGCAUUUCAUGCUCCACGCACCCGACUUUUGCUGCCAUUGAGAAGCACUUGGACCCAGUGUCAACUUGUACGUCAUAUCAACUUGACAUCCACGCCCACCCCCAAACCCAUCUCGGAUUCGGGCCUUGACCAAGUCUUCACUCCAGAACAACGAGAAGCUGCUAGAUUGGCUAGAUUAGCUAACCUUGGAUGGUUGAAGAAACUCCCCGAGAAAUGGAUUCCAUAUGCGGAACUCUUGCGAUUGGAGAAACCAGUGGGCUCUUUAUUGCUUCUUAUUCCAUCGUUAUGGGGAAUUACAAUGGCUUCCUACGCGGUUCAAGCUCCAUUGACUACCUUCUUAUACGCUACCAGUCUUUUUACGGUCGGAGCCUUGGUGAUGCGUGGUGCUGGUUGUGUGAUAAAUGACAUGCUUGACAAGGAUCUUGAUCGGAAGGUUUUGAGAACUACCGAACGACCUAUUGCUAGUGGAAGGGUUUCUCGGGGACAAGCCUUCACCUUCUUAGGGGUUCAAAUGCUGUUAGGGUUGGCAGUGUUGUUGGCCCUUCCGUUUGAAUGUUUUUACCUUGGAGCCCUUUCUCUUCCCUUCAUCUCCGCGUAUCCGCUUUUUAAGCGGUUCACCUACUAUCCACAAAUCAUGAUAUCAAUUUGUUUCAGCUGGGGAGCACUUUUGGGAUUCCCAGCUGUAGGAGCACCUUUGGACUUGUGGGUGGCUGGGCCUUUAUUUGCAUCUGGGUUCUGGUGGUCCAUGAUCUAUGAUAGUAUUUAUGCCCACCAAGACAAAGCAUUUGAUAAGGAAGCUGGUGUUAAGUCUACUGCUCUCAAAUGGCAGGAGAAGACCAGGCCCAUUGUCAACAGUUUAUUUGUGGUACAAGCGGCUUGUUUUGCGGCCGCUGGAGUCAUGAACGGUAUGGGACUUGGCUUCUAUACUUUGGGAUCAUAUGGAUUCUACAGACUUUUCAGUAAGAUAAAACAAACUAAUCUUGAUGAUCCUGCUAGCUGCUGGAAAUUCUUUACUGAUAAUGUCAAGACUGGCUUGUUCAUGUGGUACGGGAUUUUGAUUGACUAUUUGUGGAUGUUAUUUAUGUAAGGUUAUUGUUAGUAGCCAAAUCUGUAAAUAGGAGGUUGCUGGAUUUUGCAUCCAACUUACUGAACAAUUUCUUGAUCACUAAGCUGCGAUGCUGACCUUCCAACCGAGUAAGCACAUUAAUGAAAUAGUCUUGAACGUAUGCAAGAGAGAGAUUUGAUGGUAGCAUGUCGAUAAUCUCUCCCGGGGUGUAAAUGCCACCAUAAGUGUUGAUGAAAUGCCUGAUAGCUUGAUUAUUUUCGUUGGUUUUAUAUGUGUGGAACACCUUCUGAAGAAGGUGUUUGUACCCAUCAAUUGGUUUGAGGUCUUCACACACGUAGUACUUGUGAGGAGGGUAUGGAGGUUUACCAUAGAUACAAUAGAACUCGGCUGAAAAGUAGUCUCUGAAAUCAAGUAAUCCAGACACCUUGUCGUCAUCAGUGAAACAGCAUCGGAAGAAGUCAUAGAUCGAGUUGUCUCCAACAAACUCAAGUUCAGAUAGAUGUGAAGUUCCAGUAAAGUUCAAGAUCUCGAACGUUUUAAGGUAUAUUUCAAUGAAAUUACGGCACUCCGUGGUGUCCAUAAUUGAUUGCAAGAAGCCCACCCAGCUACUUAUUGGUUUAUGUGUACCAAAUGUGUUUUCAAUAAGGUAAGUUUGGUACAAGAUUCCGAAAUUGUUGACUGCCACUUCAUUGGGAGACUUCAACAUUCCUAGAAGAUGCUCAAGAAGUUCUUCAGCACUAGCAGAUUUGUCUCUGUAGCUGUUUUCGAUAACUUCCAACUUGAGUUGAGCAUAAUCUUCGUCUGUCGCGAGGUUAUUUACCUGGCUGAUUAUUUCGUUAUGGGUCUUUUUGUGCUUACCAUUGAC